UUAGACUAAAUUCGUGUUUUGAAACGAAGUGCUGCGGAAGCGAAUUGAAAAGGAAAAGAAAACACCUGUGCAAAAAUAUGAAAUUCCCCAUUUUGUUUGUAGUGGGUGUUCUGUGUCUGAUGAGCCGGGACAGUCAUGCCCAAAUGGAGACAAAUACCAGGGAUCUGCUGAGCCGUGCCAUGAACAACAUGUCACAGAUACGCAAAGUAAUGUUGUGUCUGGCCCGCAGCUGUGAUACAGGAGCCGUGGCCAAAGCCAUGGCCAUCGAUGAUGCUUCGGAAUUUAUGCUCAGACAAAAACCCUACGAAAUGGAAAGUAAUUUUGAUCGUGUGCUGAAAUUUGCCGCUGGAGUAUCGGCAGCUUUGCCAAAAUUCUUGGCAAUUGAUCCGAAUUGUAAUGAUCAUUUGUAUAUCUGCCCCAAGAAGAGGGAAAAGAAGCCGGUCAUUCCAAGUGAGGUCUAUGAAAUGGCUGAAUAUGUUGAGUUGAUGGUGGCGGCAUCGAAAUGUAUAACCACGGAAAAUCUUGAGGAUGCCAUUAAUGUCAUUGGCGAGGGUAUUGUUUACAUUGAGAAUAAUGGCGAUAGCUCAGGAACAGCAACGGAGAGAUUUGUUCCAGCUCUGGAAUUAGUCACUAUGAGACUUAAAGAAAUGUGCCAACCCAUGAAACAUUUGAUACCGGCGGAACCUUCUCAGUCGGGAGAUGAUAAGGAUGGUGAAAAUUCGGGGAAUGGUAAAAAAGUCAUGGUUUUGAUACCAUCGAAGGUUUUGAACAAGAAUGCCCAAAUGAUGUGGUUGAAAAAAUCGUAGGUUUUUUCAACAGAGUUGGGGUAAAUCGGGGAGAUUUUUAAUAAACUCGUCUUUAAAGCA